CUCGUAUGUCUCGUAUGCCUCGGAGGCCCGCAGACUUGGAACAUGCCAUAGUCGGUGCUUUCCAUUGAGGCUGAGCAUCCUUCGCAUGAAGCAGUCAACACCGAGUCUAGUUGGUAUAGCCAGACAAUGGCAGCUGAAAUGACGCCUCCUUUGUCUCCGUGAUCCUCGCCAGUCCCCUGGAUGAUGUUCGAUUCAACAACAUCCAUUGUUCUACAAAUCCCUUGUGCUCGACCAUCUCCGCCAAUCGCAUAGCCGCAAGCCACGUAGACUAGCAUCUUUGGGAAAUCUCCAGCUACGAACCCUCUCAUCCCUAUAUCCAGCAUGCAAUAUAAAAGGACCCAUCACACCCAAUGCAGAGACAGCUCCACACCCCACCCCGAAUCAUAAAGAAGAAUCUCUGGACCCUAGACUUCUGGGUUGAAGGCAAGCAGGACCUCUCGCUUCCAGGCCUGUUGAUACUUCUCAAGUCCCAGGUGGAGGUGCGCCUUGAGACGGAGGACUUCCUUCCGGCGGAAAUCGCUCCCAGCCUGAAAUAUGUCCUGGUCCGGGUCAUUACGCGCGACGGGGAGUGCCUCGGAGAAGCCCACAAGGACCUCAACUCGAAGCUCUACCGACUGAUGUCCAAUGUGGACUGGGAGCACGAGGAGCAGACCGAGCUGAAUUGGUCCACCAAGAUGCUGCGUCAUGUCCAGAAGGACGGCCAGAAGGAUGAGUAUAACCUGCAGUUCUGGAAGAUCCAGGACUUUCCCCGCAACCAGAUUGAACCGGUGAGUUUCGCUGUCGCUAGGGUGGGCUUUCGGGUGCUCGAGACUAUUAACUACUGGCAUUGACAGCGUUGCGGAGCAUGAUGUGGCGGUGAUGGCUAUGGCUCUUCAAUUGGAAGGCCACUUUCUUUAAUCGAAUAUGAAUAUUGAUAUGAAUAUUUUGAACUAUCUUCCCGUUCUUUUGAUGUGUUUAAGAAUUGGGUUGUGUAUGAUUGUCA